AUGAAUAAUACAAAUUAUACAAUUCUCCAAAUACUUCAAGGCAUGCAAGAAACAUUUUUUGCAUUGCAAAAAGGUCAGGAAGAACUUCAGGUUGAACAAGACGUGCUUAAGAAAGGUCAAGAAGCACUCUGGGAUGAACAAGCAUUGCUUAGACAGGAGAUCGCCAAUAUUUGUAAAGAUAUGAAUGGCCAAGAAAGUCCAGAGCAGACAAUAAAUCUUGGUAGGGAAAUUCCAAGACCAGUACCAAAUAUCAAAGAUAUAACUCUGAUACAUAUCUACAGAAUAAUGAGCCAUGAUCUUGGAGUUGAACUGGACAAGAAAAACAAGGCAAACCUCAAUACUUGUACACGUCUUGCCUGCAAUGAACUGGCCUCCCUUCCUUCUGUGCAAGUUCUAGGACCAAAUCCAAACUGGAGUGCAAUAUCUCAAGAAGACAGGAACUUGAUAUGCAUCAGACAUGCGUGUCUACUAAGAAACAAUGAUAUAGACUUUACCAGAUGCCACAAAAACUGGGCAUCUGUUGCCAAAGAUCCACCUGAGGUUCACUGGGAGGCCACUCAGGAGGUCGUCCAGAUGGAUGUUUUUCGUCUACCUACUUUUUCACCUCCUGCCUGUUAUGGAUUAUUGUAUAAUCCCGCUCAUUAA